AUGUCUACCCCACGGAGUAGGGACGGGCCCCAGGAGGGUAUGUGCCAGCCCUCCUCCUCGUUGGAGAGCAGUGGUGGGGAGGAGGUGUCGUCGGACCAUGGCCUCCUCUUCCCUGUGGCCCGGCCGUCCUUUCUGACCCAGAGACUACUGAGGCUCCAGACAUGCCAGAGCCACCUAUCCCCAAGUACACGCCGCAAGAGAGAGAUGACCCCUACUGACAAGAAGGACGCCAGCUACUGGUACAAGCGCCACAAGAACAACAAGGCCGCCAAACGCUCGCGCGAGAAGAAGAGGGUGAAUGACCUUAUGCUGGAGGGCCAGCUGCUGGCCCUGAGUGAGGAAAACGCCCGGCUGAGGUCCAAGGUGUUCAACCUGCAGUACCACAUGGACCUGGGGAAAGAGGCAGGCCCAGCCACCCUGCCUUCCUAUGGCUCAGCUCCACUGCACUACCCAACACCCACCCUCCUCAAGCCAGGGGUCUGGGGCCACCCCACCUCCCUCUUAGGUGACCAGCAGGAUCUGGAGGGGCUGUUCCUUAGAACCAUGGUAAACCCUACAUUGAUAACCAGCAGUGGUGUGGGUCUCAAUCAACAUAGUCCUCAGAGUGGUUUUGAUUCAGGUCUUCCUAGUUUCUUCCUUCCAUCCCUCCUCUCCCAAAGAAGAGCUUGUGCUCCAGAGAGUGGUGGAUUGGCUGAACAAGAGAAAGCUGCUCACCACCAGGUCUCCUCCAGCAAUAAUCUUCCUGGCGACGAGGAACCCCGUUCUGCCGCUAAUAGAGCCUUCCUUCCCCCUUCUCACCCUCUCCCCCCUUCCUCCAGCCUCUCCCCCUCUUCAUGCCCACCCCAGAAUUUGCUGCUGCCCGAUCUUAGUCAUUGGUCAGUGUAUACCAACCUGCUGAUGCCCUGGGGUUCCCCCUGCCUCCCCCAGUCAGCCCUGUACCCCAGCCUGCCUCUCCAGCUGCCACUGGAGGAUCGUGAGGGGCAACACCAGGUCCUGGACAUACACAGGGGCUUCAGGGGAAGGUUCAACACUCUGGCCCAGUUCAGAAGGUACCUCAGUCCAGACAGCUGCUAG